GACAUCCAGACCAGCAGCCACCAGCUCACCGAGCUGAAGCGCGAGAUGCAGAACCUGGAGAUCGAGCUGCAGGCGCAGCUCAGCACGAAAGACUCGCUGGAAAACUCCUUGGCCGAGACGGAAUCUCGCUACGGCUGCCUGCUGCAGCAAAUCCAGGGGCAGAUUAACGCCGUAGAGGAGGAGCUGGGCAACAUCCGCUGCGAGAUGGAGGGCCAGAGCCAGGAGUACAAGAUGCUGCUGGGCAUCAAGACCCGCCUGGAGCAGGAGAUUGCUCAGUACCGGGCGCUGCUCCACGAGGGACAGCAAGACCUUGCUGCCUCCCAAGGAGCUUUCCAAGGAGGAGGAAAAUCCUCCCAGUCAUAUUCUUCUAGUUCCUUCUCUCAAUCCCAGUCUGGUGACGUGACAGGGCAGUCAAGAGUGUGCUAGAGCAAGAGCAGUGAUGCUGGCAUCCUCCUAAAUGCACUGAGCUGACCCACGGACGAGAGGCAGAACCCAACGCUCCUGCAGCGCAGCCGAUGCGAUGCAGUGCGGAGCAGCGCUCAUCGCUGGCCUCGCCUUCCCUUCUGCAAUGCUGGCCUUACUCAACUUGUCUUUGUCAACUGGAUCUUUGUUUAAAAGCUUGAAU